CAGCGGGGGCAACAGCCCGAGCAGCAACGGCGGAGGCAGCAGCCGGCACGGUGGCAGCCCCGGAGCGCGAGCUCCUCCUUGGGGAGGGGGCGAUGGCGACGGCCGAUGUGGCGCGCCAGGUGGAUGAAAAUUGCCGGACGGUCCCCCUCACCGGCCAUGUGGGGUUUGACAGCCUGCCCGACCAGCUGGUGAAUAAAUCGGUCAGCCAGGGUUUCUGUUUCAACAUCCUGUGUGUGGGGGAGACGGGUGUGGGCAAGUCCACCCUGAUGGACACACUGUUCAACACCAAGCUCGAGGGCGAGACGACCACCCACUACCUGCCCGGCGUCCAGCUCCGCUCCAACACCUAUGACCUCCAGGAGAGUAACGUGGGGCUGAAGCUCACCGUGGUGAGCACGGUGGGCUUUGGAGACCAGAUCAACAAGGAGGACAGCUACAAACCCAUUGUGGAGUUCAUCGAUGCCCAGUUUGAGGCAUACCUGCAGGAGGAGCUGAAGAUCCGAAGGGUGCUGCACAGCUACCAUGAUUCCCGCAUCCACGUCUGCUUGUAUUUCAUCGCCCCCACGGGCCACUCCCUGAAGUCUCUGGACCUGGUGACCAUGAAGAAGCUGGACAGCAAGGUCAACAUCAUCCCCAUCAUCGCCAAAUCAGACGCCAUUGCCAAGAGUGAACUGACCAAGUUCAAGAUCAAAAUCACCAGCGAGCUGGUGAGCAACGGAGUCCAAAUCUACCAGUUCCCUACUGAUGACGAGUCGGUAGCUGAGCUCAACGGGACCAUGAACGGCCACCUGCCAUUUGCGGUUGUUGGCAGCACAGAAGAACUGAAGAUUGGCAACAAGAUGGUGAAGGCCCGCCAGUAUCCAUGGGGCACGGUGCAGGUCGAGAACGAGGCCCACUGUGAUUUCGUGAAGCUCCGGGAGAUGCUCAUCCGCGUCAACAUGGAGGACCUCCGAGAGCAGACCCACAGCCGCCAUUACGAGCUGUACCGGCGCUGCAAACUGGAGGAGAUGGGCUUCCAGGACACCGAUCCAGACAACAAACCUUUUAGUUUGCAGGAGACCUAUGAAGCCAAGAGGAAUGAGUUCCUGGGAGAGCUACAGAGAAAGGAAGAGGAAAUGAGGCAAAUGUUUGUCCAGAGAGUCAAAGAGAAGGAAGCCGAGCUCAAAGAAGCCGAGAAAGAGCUGCAUGAGAAAUUUGAUCGUCUGAAAAAGAUACACCAGGAGGAAAAGAAAAAGCUGGAGGACAAAAAGAAGUCUCUGGAUGAAGAAAUGAAUGCCUUUAAACAGAGGAAGUCAGCCGCCGAGCUGUCCCAGGGACAGCAGGCUGGGAGCUCCCAGACUCUCAAAAGAGACAAAGAGAAGAAGAAUUAACUCUGCUGUUUGCUGCAUGCUGCGUGAGCACGAGGGCCCUGUAACCCGUGGCUGUGUACGGAAUAGUUUUCCCUGCUACAGCUGGAAUGGACCACACUUGGCCUUUUAAGCUGAGGUUCCCUCUUUGAGAGCUUCUUCUAGCAUGUCAGCUAUGGCCCCCAUGCAAUAAUCAGCCCCUUCCUUUACCACUGUCUGCCUUUGCCCCCCCCCCGCCCCAUCCCAUAGCCUGAGUCACCCCCCCCCCCCAGCGCAGCCAGCAACUUCCACUGCUCAUUUAUUGAUUUCAUACACAGGUUUAUGGAUUUUGCUUUGAGUUUUUAGAGGGGAGGUAGGGGAGUCCCCCUUAGCCUUGAGAAGAUUUUUUCCCCCUAAGCUAGGGAAAAGUGAAAAUCAGACACCAUUAGACAUUUCCCUUUUUUGUCGACCAAAUGCCAAUAUUCUUUGGGCACUGUGUAUUCACCCAGGAGUUGAAGUAUCUUCACCUGGAUUGGCCAAUGGGCCAGUGCUCUGUGGGUAAAGAUACUUCAAAUGGUUCCAGUAAAUACCCAUCGGCGUUCCCCUCCCAAACAAAUACUUGGAUGUCUUUGUGGCUUCUGGUCUCUGGAAAGCUGCAUUGUUCCCCAUUUGACGUUUCCUAAUAUCUUCAAAGAAACCUAGGGAGUGUAGUCUGCAAUAAUGACUCCAUUGAUGGCUGACUAUCUGCAUUAAAAAAGAAAAUGCCCCUAUAGAGUAAUGAGCUGUAGAGAAUCACCCUCAUUUGAUCUUUAUUUGAGCCUUAGAGGGUAAAAAUCCCUGUUUAACUGCAGGGCUAGCUGAGAUUCACAGAUUUGUCCUCGGUUUCUCAGAUAGAAACUAUUAGAGCUGGUAUUUGAAGCCAGGGUCUUUGACUCCAAAGCCAGCAUUUUCCCCAUCAUAUCGAACUGCAUUUCCUCUGGAUAUAUGAUUUACACAGCAGCAGUGGAAUUGAAUUGACUUGUUUUCCAGUCCUGUCUCUUUCAUUUAAGUAUAUGUGUGAUCCUGGUUAAAUCCCUUUCCUUUUGUGAGCCUCAGUUUCCCCAUGUGUCAGAUGAGAUCAUUGGACUAGGUGACUAUCAGAGUCUCUUCUAGCUCAGACAUUCUUUGAUACUGUGAAGUCCUUUUCCCUCCCAGGACCUUAGUUUGCUUCUCUAUAAAACAAGGUCCUUUGCCUUCGUCAUAAUUCUCAAAACGGACAACCUUAUCCAGAACUCUUGUUUUAGCGUCAAUACUCAACCUCUCUGUAGAGCUUUUAAUACAUUCGCUAGGAAUCAUGGAACCAAAGAUUGUAAGAGCUGAAAGGGGGCCUUAGAUGGUUAUGGAGACCAACCCCCUCUCAUCUGACAGAUGGAAAUGGCUACCCGGUGUCAGGGGGCCCUUGAUGUCUCCAGUGAACACCGGGAAGGAUAGAAGAGGCUCUUCCCUUUCUCCUUAUAACCCACGUGUGAAAGUAAAUUCUGAUGCAAACUAUUAAACUAAUGAUGAACAUAUUUACUUUCUCAGGUAACCCAUGUUACUGUAAAGACAAAAGGAAUGUCUUUUUUCCUUUAGAAAGCUUUCUAAAUUUUGAUCGUUACUAUGAUAUAAAGCAAAGGCAGCCUUAAAAAUUCGCCUUUAGGCAGACCUCAUAAUGGCCAGUGCUUUUCUACGUGUACCUUGGACAGCUCCUCUCCUACACCCCCUCCCCCAAUGGAGCCAAGAAGUUGGCUCUUGUGUUGCCAACCAUUGAUCGAGAUCGUUUUGAUAUCAAAUGCCAAUUUGAAAACGUGCUUGCAUGUGCUGAUUAAAACAAAAUGACUUUUAA